AUGAGUCCUAACCUCUCAAUGUGGUGGCUGAGCAGCUCAGUGUGCCCGAUCUGCCACAAGCGGCUCAGCAACCAGUACAACCUGCGCGUGCACAUGGACACGCACGCGGGCCGCCGGCACGCCUGCGCCGCCUGCAGCCACGUGUCGCGCUCGCGGGACGCGCUCAGGAAGCACGUGGCCUACAGCUCAGUGUGCACGAUCUGCCACAAGCGGCUCAGCAACCAGUACAACCUGCGCGUGCACAUGGACACGCACGCGGGCCGCCGGCACGCCUGCGCCGCCUGCAGCCACGUGUCGCGCUCGCGGGACGCGCUCAGGAAACACGUGGCCUACAGCUCAGUGUGCCCGAUCUGCCACAAGCGGCUCAGCAACCAGUACAACCUGCGCGUGCACAUGGACACGCACGCGGGCCGCCGGCACGCCUGCGCCGCCUGCAGCCACGUGUCGCGCUCGCGGGACGCGCUCAGGAAACACGUGGCUUACAGCUCAGUGUGCACGAUCUGCCACAAGCGGCUCAGCAACCAGUACAACCUGCGCGUGCACAUGGACACGCACGCGGGCCGCCGGCACGCCUGCGCCGCCUGCAGCCACGUGUCGCGCUCGCGGGACGCGCUCAGGAAACACGUGGCUUACAGCUCAGUGUGCACGAUCUGCCACAAGCGGCUCAGCAACCAGUACAACCUGCGCGUGCACAUGGACACGCACGCGGGCCGCCGGCACGCCUGCGCCGCCUGCAGCCACGUGUCGCGCUCGCGGGACGCGCUCAGGAAACACGUGGCUUACAGCUCAGUGUGCACGAUCUGCCACAAGCGGCUCAGCAACCAGUACAACCUGCGCGUGCACAUGGACACGCACGCGGGCCGCCGGCACGCCUGCGCCGCCUGCAGCCACGUGUCGCGCUCGCGGGACGCGCUCAGGAAACACGUGGCUUACAGCACGGAUGCGCCGCUUGCAGUCAAGAUAAGGCUAAUCCAGUGGCUGAGCAGCUCAGUGUGCACGAUCUGCCACAAGCGGCUCAGCAACCAGUACAACCUGCGCGUGCACAUGGACACGCACGCGGGCCGCCGGCACGCCUGCGCCGCCUGCAGCCACGUGUCGCGCUCGCGGGACGCGCUCAGGAAGCACGUGGCCUACAGACAUGCACCGCCGCGGGACUCUCACCACUUGUGACCAGGCUUGGGGUCGGAUGAGUAGGAAAAUUGCCUUAAACUAAACCGAGGAGUACAUUGUCCCGACCCAAACCCAGAAACUGCCCUUGAUAUUUAAGCUACAACUGGAGUUGAACCGAAAACGUAGGUAUGAUGAAAAAGUCUAAUAACCUAACUUUUUGCAGAGCUGCCAAAUUAGUUAAUUGUUCCCGGAGCUACUUUGAAGGCCACUAGAGUUGUGAAGCUCCUACUUCUUUUAUAGGAACGUUUCAAUGCCUAAGGCCACGUUUUCUAUACAGGCGGGGCGUGUAACGGAACGUCAUAUCAUAAAGACCUUUGACCUCUAUGGUGUGGGUCAUAACAACUGAGGUCACAAGUGUCACAACCCUAGUCAUAAAAUCAUGAAGAUGGCUUAAAAUGACCUCAUAAAAAUAAAAAUUCGUUAUUUUUUUGCAUGUACGCUUUUAUAAAGCAUUUUUACAAUUUCAGAAGGAAUGUCCUUAACAAACAAACCAGUGACUGACUCUCUCACUUAUGAAUUGAACCCAGGGCCGACUUUUAGUACCUGCUCUGGGCAUAUGAGGAUCAACCCAUUCAUAAAAAAAGCUUUUUUGAGGGCAUUCAGGGGCCCCCUGGAUCGCUGGACCCCUAGUGCCCAGUGGGAAAAAGGGGCCUAAUCGAACCCAUUACCUCCGAACCCGGAAAACUGAAGAACUCCCCGUUACAUGCUCCGCCAUGACCUUUCUUUCAAAUUUUUCUUCGCACUUUAUUGCCUUUUCGUGAAUGAAGGUACCCACCGAACGCAUGAUUACAAUCAUGAAUGUAGCGCAACAAAGCGUAUUUCGUUAUUUUGUAUUUGUUCUAUUUUAAACUUUUGUAUCCAAUUUAUAAAGACAUGAUGGACUGUUCUUUUAUUUAUAUUAUACAGAUUUAGUUAUAGUUUUUUAACGAUUUAACACUUAAUUAUUAAUAUUCUGUGAUAAGUCAGUUACAGGCAUAGCAAAUAACUGAAUAGAUUAUUGCAGUAUAGUGGAAAAAGGAG